GAUUGCCUGGUGGUGGACCUUCGGAUGACGAUGAUGAUGACAUCAACGACAAGAAAGAUCGCAAGAACAAGAAGGACUACUGGGAGCACAUGCCAGAGCUUGGAGUUUGUGUUCAUCAUCGCCUGCAAUCUCGUAAGAAGUUCCAGGGGAACCUGUACCUUCAACAGCGUCGGGAUCUCAGCACCGCGCAGGGGAACCUGCUUGCCCUUCAGUGGAGCUUAGCAAGCUGCGCGUACCAGAAAACGGUCUUCGAACAAGUGGAACGCUUAAUGAUCCUUGGCCAAAGCUACACCGAGCACAUUGGCCCAGACCCCUUUCCAUGGCCAGAAGAUGAUGCAUUCUUGGCAGUUGCUGAUACCCACUGCAGACAAGAACAUAGCCUGGUCGACAAGGUUGAGAUGUGGGAAGUUUCAGCGAAAAAUAUUUUUUUGGAGAAUCUUGAGACCUCUGUGAAUCUCAUUUUGGAUGGAAUGAUGGAACGCGGAAAUUUUGUGUUUGCAUGCCAUGACAACUUUUACUGGCUCUUCAAGCAAUGCCAGGCCAUGGCGCAGGACUACUAUCUGAUGAUGUGUGGGCUUACAGCUACCGUGCCCAAGUUCCGCAGACCACCUGGCGAAUUCCCUGACCGCAUAGAGGAGACUUGGGUCAAGAAGUGCUUCGCCAUGAAUCUGGACAACUCGCAGGUCUGUGUCCAGGGGGUGCCACCAGCCGAGACACCGAAGAUUCCAGCGGAACCAGGUGCAGCCACAGCCAACAAGCGCAAACGUGACGACACUGACGACAAGGAGGAGAGCCCAUGCCGUUGGAACUUCAAGCGAGUUUCUCUGGCCAGUCGCAAGUACGACCCUGCCAGCGCUGGCCGAUCUGGAAACCAACUUGCUGCCUUUAUCGACCGGAAGCUGUCGGAUCCUUCCACUGUGGACGCAGUGACUUUUUCUUACACCAAGGUGCGGCGCGAGCCUGAAGUUGGUGGAUUGGUGGUCGAAAGUCGUCCUGACCAAAAUCAUCCCACGACCGCUGCGUUGCUGAUCCACAACCUGCUGGUGACUGAUGCAGACGACCUGCUGAAAGCUCUGGAUGGGCCUCAUCUUCCCAACUACGUCGUUGUGGUGGGCAAGAACCUCAGUGUCGAGGUCCCAACCCUCCCAUGCUUCCCUAUGCCACUCGAAGUUGCAGACUGUGACAGCAAGCCAGUUUGGGUGCCACCAAACACCUUGAUGCUGCCGGCCGAGAAGUGGUUGCUUUUGGACCGGGUCGCCACAGUGGCUGCCUACCUGACAAAUCAACGCACCCCUGCACCCAGCGGUUCAAAACGCUGCCCUGAACCUGCAGAGCAGGCCAAAGAGCUUUGCAGGACAAUUGUCAGUCGCAUUGGGGUGUCAUCUCUUACGCAGCCACUCGUUGCAUUUGGCCAUGCUGUUGCGAAGGGCCAGCUCGUUGCAAAUGGUAUAGAGUACAAUGGGAUGAAUCUACCAAUGGAAUCUGUCCUCACUCCAGCUAAAGCAGCUGGAUUCCUGCACAGCAUCUUGCUCGGCGCAUCAAGGGGCAGUUUGCAGCAGAUGUCCCUAGAUGUCACCGAUGUCCAAGAAUUUAUUAAAGAGCUGCUUCAGUUGCCAGAGAUGGAUGGCUUGACUCACUUGCACCAGACGUUGUCUGACGCAUAUUUGGUGCUCACUGAUGUUGGUCUCGUGCUGCGUCCACAUGCAGGUCGUCUUUCAUGGCCCGAAGAGCUCACUGUUCCGAACGACAUGCAAUCCGCAGGAAGCUGUGACGCACAAUAUGACGACAGCAUGAGUGCAUUCGCAACUCUUGGCGCCUAUUUGGAUCACCUGUUGGCCGAGCGUGACCAGUGCCACGAUGUUGUGACCAUCACCUGGAACAAGUGCGACGUUGUGAAUGUGAUUGCUCGCAAGUUUCUAGUCCAAGUGGAGGAGCUCAUUGUGAUCAAUCGGACCUCUGUGUCGCUGGAUUCCGGACCCGUGUUCGCCGGCUUGCUGGCCAUAGGCCCCUUUGACAUGACUAGACCAGCUCCCAAGCCUCCACCGGCUGCGCUGCUGCCCAUGCCGCGUGCAGGUAUUAAUUCUCUGUGCGAUUUUUGUGUGUCCCGUCUUCCUGGGAAAUCCUACGUGGAACUGGACCUCCGGUCUCCAGCGGCUACUGCUAUCAGUCAGAUCAUGCUCCUUGUGCAAAGCCACGACGAUAGCUUCAUGCUGGAAUACAACAGGAAGGACGAGUUUGCAGACUACGUGCUCCUGGUGCUGAACUAUAUGCUGAAGAUCGGUCAGGGUACUAUUCCGACCGCUGCAGCUGAGAAGAAAAAUCUUCAUGCCCCUGAGCUUCCCCCAAGCGUUUGCGAAGAUGACUGUGGCGCGGAGCUUCACUCUGAUGAUGAUAAUGAGAGCUUGCCACCUUCAGAGGAAGAGCCCACCAUUUCUUGCUGUAAACGCGGCAACUGCAGGACCAAGUUUGAGAAAGAUGCCUUGGUGCAAUACAAAAUGGAUUUAGACAGAUUUUCUCAAGGAUAUCGCCUGCAAAAUGUUGAAGCUGUCAGGAAUGUUGCCAGGCAAUCCGAAGAGCAGAGCGCCACGUGUUUUCAGUGGACCUUUCUAGGCCAGGCAGUGUGCCAAAAAUUUUGGGAGGCAACCCAUGGCGUUGGCCAUGGUGCCCUUGACAAUAUGGUGAGCCUAGCCAAAAACGGGCACAGCCAGCUUUCACCCAGAGCUCCAAGAAAGGGGCACACAACUCCCGCCAGCAACACCCUUGAUGUCUGGUUCCUAACUCUGUAUCGGGACUUAGCAGAGCCACUAGCUGUUCCUGGAAGCGGCGAUGCAGGGGUUGUCGAGGAUGACCCCGAAGAGUUGACAGACAUCCAUUUCUUGAACACCAUCAAUACGGAUCGGCCAAACCACCAUGUGAGGAGUUUGAAGGUGGCCAAACCACCAUGUGAGGAGUUUGAAGGUACCAAAGCGCUAUUUGAAUUUCGAUUCUUUGGAACAGGUCGAGACCACCAUCAACGUGACAGGCUCCCCGUGAGACUGCCGCAAUGCCAGCUCGAAAAUAUGUUGCCACCCGCGCAACGUGGAAGAAAGGAGGAGGCGCUUCCUCCAAGCGUUUGCGAAGAUGGCUGUGACGCGGAGCUUCACUCUGAUGAUGAUAGCUUGCCACCUUCAGUCAAUGAGGAAGAGCCCACCAUUUCUUGCUGUAAACGCGGCAACUGCAGGACCAAGUUUGAGAAAGAUGCCUUGGUGCAAUACAAAAUGGAUUUAGACAGAUUAUCUCAAGGAUAUCGCCUGCAAAAAGUUUUUGAAGCUGUCAGGAAUGUUGCCAGGCAAUCCGAAGAGCAGGGCACCACGUGUUUUCAGUGGACCUUUCUAGGCCAGGCAGUGUGCCGAAAAUUUUGGGAGGCAACCCAUGGUGUUGGCCAUGGUGCCCUUGACAAUAUGGUGAUCCUAGCCAAAAACGGGCACAGCCAGCUUCCACCCAGAGCUCCAAGAAUGGGGCGCGCAACUCCCGCAAGCAACACCCUUGAUGCCUGGUUCCUAACUCUGUACCGGGACUUAGCAGAGCCACUAGCUGUUCCUGGAAGCGGCGAUGCAGUGGUUGUCGAGGAUGACAAUGACCCCCGUGUUCAGUGCGAAGAGUUGACUGACAUCAACCAUCCACUGUACUUGAACACCAUCAAUGCGGACCAGGUGGGGCACCGCGUGAGGGGUUUGAAGGUGCCAAAGCGCUAUUUGAAUUUCGAUUCUUUCGCUAGCCUCUUCCAAUUUUACAAGCAAGAUGAGGCAUUGGAUUUACAAGUGAGCCGCAGCACCUUCAAGAAAGGGUGGCAAAGUUGGCAAAGUUUUUUGCCCUUCAAAAAUGCCGGUGCUCAAAGUAAAUGCACAAUCUGUGCCAGUUUGUCAGAGAGGAGAACAGCUGCAGCAGACUCCGCUGAAAGGGCCGAAAUAGACAGGGAAAAGAAAAGCCACCUCGAUGUUGUGAUGUCAGACCGCCGAGCUGCAGAAAGAGGAGCUAAGCGUGCGGCAAAGGAGUCUGUCUUUUUGAAAUCUGAAAAUGAUGACCAGGUGAUGAAAGUGCUGAUUGAUGGAAUGGACCAAUCGAAGUUCGCGCUUCCGCGUGUGAAGCGCCUCGUUGGCACAAGUGCAUUGGCGAAAACAUGGCGACCAUGCAUGCACAUCAGCGGCGGCAUCGUCCACGGCCGCCUGGAGUGGUACGGCAUCAUGGCCGCGGACACGCCCAAGGAUGCCUCAAUGAACUGCACCAUUUUGGCUCGGCUGCUGGAUUUGAUUGCAUGCCAGCUGACAGACCUGGGUGAUGCCUACGGUUUUCCAGCGCAUCUGUGCAUCAGUUGUGAUAAUACACCACGAGAAGCGAAGAAUUCACACUUCGCAUCGUUUUUAUCAUACCUGGUGCAUCGUCGACUUUUCAAAUCUGUGCAAUGCGAAUUUCUCCAAGUGGAUCACACGCAUAAUGAGCUGGAUCAACGCUUUAGCAGCUUAGCGUCACUCAUCAAGUCAGCGGACUGCUUGCAGGACCCUGAUGAUUUGUGCGCAUGGAUGACCAAUCACAUGAAGGCAUCCUGCGGCCGCUCCUUGAAGGUUGAGGCUGUGACAAACACAUGGAACUUCAAGGAUUGGAUGGGCCAGGUGGGCUUGCACGUUGAAGGCUUGACCAGUACACAUGUGCAGCCCUACGCCAACCACGUUUGGAGAUUUGAGAGCCGUCUCUUUGUGACCGAGCAGGAGUCGCUGCUGCCGCUGUCCGUGGACAUGGAGGAAGUGGUCUUGGAUGCUGCGGAACCUGCAGCAGACCCACCUGCACCCAGGAAUGUGCGCGUGCUGCGACCGAAGCGCAAAGCCUUGAAGCGGCCAUCUGCUCCUGCCUGUCAACUAGGGCGUCCACUGGCGGCCCCUCCUCCAGAGCCACCUGCGAGCCCAGGCGAUGCGGCCGCCCCAGAGGCAGUCAUGCGACGCCCUGCUGCAGCACCAGGCCCAGCAACGCGACGCCAUGCAGAAGAAUCAGAACCAGGACCCAGGCCACGGGGCCGUGGGCAGAAACCUGAGUUGCCAGAUGGUUUUGAUCAUUUCGGUUGUUCCAAGUGCAAGAAAGCAGCGCAUGGAUGCGCCCGGUGUAAGAAGUUUGCAGACAACCAAGAAAAGGGAUUCCAAUGGCUCAAUGGCAGCGUUGUGCGCAAAGUCCCACAAGACAUAGACGAGAGCCAGGAGCUGAUGGACGACCGCCAAGUUUCGGAUUCGGAUGCUGAGACAUUGCCCGAAAGCGUCACCGAUUCCAUAGACGAAUUGCCACCUGUACCUUCAGCAGAAUCAGAUAUCGACAUGGAAGAUUGUCCUAGCCCUAGAGCUGCUUUGACAACUAAGGCAAAAGUGCCGUCUCCAGAGGAGAUCCGCCAAUGGCUGCGCACGGGAACCAGCAAAGCAGCCGCAAACUUGACUUUGGGUCUCGAACUUUACAGUCCUCCAAGGGUGUUGACAGCACGGGCAGCAAGGAGUUGCGCUUUGAGUGUCGUCAUGACUCUCGGUUUUCUGUCCCUCGACAUCUUGACAGGAUGGAAUUUUGACCUUCCGGAACUGAAAGAUUUGAGUUGCCAAAUUCUGCAGGGACUUACAGUGGCAUUUUUGUACCUGAGCCCUCCAUGCACAAUGUUCAGCUCUCUGCAAACUAUGUGGAACAAGCAUCGGAUGAGCCAAGCUGUGUGGGACCGCCGGUGGCAACAAGCAGUCGACUGGGUCGAGCACUGUAUGCGGGCCAUUCGGAUUCAAGUGGCGAAAGGCCAACGAUUCAUGUUUGAGCACCCAGCAAGAGCCACCUCGUGGAAGCUUCCCUGCGUUGAAGAAAUCAAGAACCUGCCAAAUGUCCGCUGCAUAUCUUUCGACAUGUGUGCUUUUGGCAUGACAAGUCCCAUGCUGGAACCCAUCAAGAAGAGGACCAUCAUCAUGACAAAUGAUCCUCGGCUCUGUGGCUUGCUCAAAAACCGGCAGUGCACAAGAGAUCAUGUGCAUCGACGCAUAGAAGGAAGCCAGCUGAGUCAUCGCUUGAGCCGCUGGUGUCAGGUUUAUCCGCCAGCUCUCUGUGAUGUUUUAGCUUCCUGCCUUGACGACGCAGGUUAA